CAGGCGAUCGCGGGCGGGAAGUUGAUCCUACCCGAAAAUCAGCCCAGUGGUCAACUGUAUUCGAUUCUCAUUCGCUGGUCGCAUCAUCUGAUAUCAUGUGCGAUGCGGUUCCAUGGAACUGGGUUAAGGUUGCCGAUGCCAUGGUUGCGUUGGAGUGGGAGUUGCUGAGUCUUCGAUGUUGCCGAUUACCGCAUGCGGGCAUGCGGCCCUGUCGGUGUUUUCUAUUCUACCUUUAUCUUUCUGCUCGUUCCUGGAUUGAAUUGCAGAAUUAUUCUUCUGCUUGUUUUGGGGUAUACUUCGCAGUGUGUUUAUCUGCGACUGCCAUUCAACAUGCCUCCUACAUUCGCGGGCAUGUCGGGGCGCCCGUUGUCCCUGUCAAUUUCGACAGUUGCAACCAUGGGAUUCUUACUCUUCGGAUAUGAUCAGGGUGUCAUGUCGGGUAUCAUCUCGGAUCCGUCGUUCAACAACAUGUUUAUAGCUACCAAAGGCGACAACGUCAUGCAGGCCACCGUGACCGCCGUGUAUGAAGUCGGAUGUUUAUUCGGGGCGAUCUUCGCCCUCAUCUUCGGCGAAUUGCUGGGCCGUCGAUGGAUGAUCAUCUCCGGAGCAGCGGUGAUGAUCGUCGGUGUGGUCAUUCAAGUAACCGCCAUUUCGGGGUCCCUUCCUCUCCUGCAGUUCAUCUUCGGGCGAGUGAUCACCGGCAUUGGCAACGGCAUGAACACCUCCACGAUCCCGACUUACCAAGCCGAAUGUUCCAAGACCAGCAACCGCGGUCUGCUCAUCUGCAUCGAAGGCGGCGUCAUUGCCAUUGGGACCAUGAUCGCGUAUUGGAUUGAUUAUGGGGCGCAUUUUGGACCCCCGGAUCUCGCCUGGCGGUUUCCGAUCGCGUUCCAGGUCGUGUUUGGUAUCUUCAUCAUCGUAGGCAUGUGCUAUCUGCCUGAAUCGCCGCGGUAUCUCAUUGCGCAUGACCGCGUUGACGAGGGUGAGAAGGUCCUGGCCGCGUUGAAGAAUGUUGAGGUCGACGAUUCCGAAACGCAGCUGGAGAAGAAUUUGGUUCUGGACUCGAUCCGCGCAUCCGGCGCUGAAAAAGCCAAAUUCCGCGACCUUCUCACAGGCGGCCCAUCCCAGCACUUCCGCCGCAUGGUAGUCGGCUCAUCGGCACAAGUCUUCCAGCAAAUCUCCGGCUGCAACGCAGUAAUCUACUACCUCCCGGUCCUCCUCGAACAAUCUAUCGGGCAAUCCCACAACUUCGCCCUCCUAAUCGGCGGCAUCAACAUGAUCUGCUACGCCAUCUUCGCGACCUUUUCCUGGUUCUUCGUCGAAAAGAUCGGCCGCCGCAAGCUCUUCCUCGGCGGCAGCUACGGCCAAUGCGCAUCAAUGAUCAUCGUCUUUGCCUGCCUCAUCCCAGGCGACUCGCAAACCGCAAAGGGCGCCGUCUUUGGCCUCUUCCUUUACAUGUGCUUCUUCGGCGCCACCUGGCUCCCCCUUCCCUGGCUCUACCCGGCCGAACUCUCCCCGAUCAAAACCCGCUCCAAGGCAAACGCCAUCUCCACCUGCAACAACUGGCUCUUUAACUUCACCGUCGUCAUGAUCACACCCGUCAUGAUCGCGCACAUCGGCUGGGGCACCUACCUCUUCUUCGCCGCCUGGAACGCGGUCUUCAUCCCCGUCAUCUGGUUCUUUUACCCCGAGACGGCAGGCCGCAGUCUCGAAGAGAUCGAUCUGAUCUUCGCCAAGGGCUACAUGCAUCAAAUGAGCUAUGUCCGCGCGGCGAAGGAGCUGCCCAGGCUCCAACCUGAUGAGAUUGAGGAACAGGCGAGGGAACUGGGCGUGCUUGAUGAGAAUGAGAAGAUUGAGGAGCGCAUCGCGAGGGAUCAUCCUAGUGAUUCGGCGGAGUUUGGCUCGUUUUUGCCGACGCAGCUUUGAUCUACAUCAUUCUCCCUUUCAUCUAUUUCAUUCAUUCUUUUUUUUUUCGUUCUCUCUUUUUUUGAUUGGAUCUACUUAGGCUCUUCGGUGUUGGUGGUUGGUUUUUUGUGUGUUGUUUUAUGCUGCGUGUGCUUGAUAGGUUUUAUACAUACGCACUUGAUUUCUAGAUAGGAUGAAGGUUUUCUUCUUCGUUUGAGUGCUCACUGAGUAGAUUUGAGCACGCUCUGAGCGCCCUGAUCUGAGUGUUGUCAUUAAGCAAGGCCUCGGUUACCUCUGGUGGUAGUGAAGUCACCUAUUGGGCACAUCAGGAAGAACCUAGCAAUUUGCAUGCACUCCCUUGGCGCUUUGAUCUUUUCUACAUAGGUCACCAUGUCAUCAAGCCACUCUGGCUUGCCCGAUGGGGUAACUGCGGCUGAGCUUGGUU